AUGUCGCAAACUCAAUUACGGUCUCGCGCAUAUGCAGCCCUAGAUUAUGUCGACCAAGUCGAGAAGUUAUCCCUUGAACCCGCCGGCCGGGAGGAUGAUCAAGGACACCGUGGUGUCGCUGUCGAAGCGAAGUUUAUUACACCUCUUGAUCCCGUAAUUGAAACUGCAGACAGCAAUAGGCUCCCAGCAGUUCCUGUUCCAGAGGCACAUAAAAUCAAUGUCUUGAAGGACCAGGCUGAGGGGCGUUCUACCCGACGUCCUCCUACCCCUCCACCUAGUCUCAGCAGGUUUGAGAAGUCCGAUGCUUCUGGUGACGGUUGCGACCCGCAAACACUUAUCCAAGAAGACCAUGAAAACGCAACGAGCAGUCUCGGAAAUGCUAUCCCUCCAACGGUUACUCAUCCACUAUUCCCUCCUCUGCCAUUAUAUGGGCCACCUUCACUUUUACGAAAUCUUCAAUGCAGGAUAUUCCAAAUUACCGCAUUCUACUUGUCUACUGCUUUUCUUGCUGUCAUUGUCCUAGGCUCGGUCUUUACGUCUAUUCCAAAGCUGAUAACGUAUAUCUGGAAUGGACUGGUCUUUCGAGAUCGUUACAGCCAACGACCGUUUCGUGUAGAAGAGAAGCGACGGGCGGACAUCCGCAAGGAAGAGGAGACACGGUGGCUGAGAACAGGACGUCGGCGGCGUCCAGCAGACGAAAAUUCUUUAGAACCUCCGUCGUCUCAGCCGGGAGAGGACUAUGUGCCUCUUGAUGGCGGCCCUGAUAAGCUGGUAUGCGAUGUUAGCUACUAUGCCCGUAGGGUCGGUUUGGACAUCGAGGAAUUCAAAGUUCAGACCGAAGAUGGCUUUAUCCUGACGCUCUGGCAUGUUUACAACCCAAGAGAGUAUACGCCAGCAUCGAAACGAGAACGGCGAUCCACGUCUCCAGAUUUAUUCACCGACAAUGCGGAUGGCCUUCAUCGACAUGUACAGUCGCAAUACCGUGAUGGCCAAAGAAGAUACCCUGUCUUACUGAUUCAUGGCCUUUUGCAAAGCGCUGGUGCCUACUGCACCAAUGAUGAUGACAGUCUCGCAUUCCUUCUCUGUAAGUCCGGGUACGAUGUUUGGCUGGGCAAUAAUCGAUGCGGGUUCAACCCUGAGCAUACCCUGCUUCGAUAUUCGGAUCCACGAAUGUGGGCAUGGAACAUCCGGCAGAUGGGAGUUAUGGAUUUACCUGCUUUCAUAUCUCGGGUCCUUCAAGAGACCGGAUUCGAGAAGCUCGGACUCGUUUGUCACAGCCAAGGCACGACCGAAACAUUCGUAGCAUUGGCGAAGGAGCAGCGUCCUGAGCUUGGGGACAAAAUCAGUGUUUUCUGUGCCCUUGCACCAGCGGUCUAUGCAGGCCCUCUGAUCGGCAAGAUGUAUUUCAAGUUCAUGCGGGUUAUCUCUCCAGCAAUGUUUCGAGUCUUCUUUGGUAUCCACAGCUUCAUUCCUUUGAUGAUGACCAUGCACCGGGUGCUUCCGGGAAAAGUUUACGGGUCAAUGGGAUAUAUGGUAUUCUCGUUCCUUUUCAAUUGGACCGAUGCAAGAUGGGAUCGAGGUCUCCGCGAUCGCCUGUUUCAGUUUUCCCCGGUUUACGUAAGUGCGGAGAGCAUGCGGUGGUGGCUGGGGAGAGAGUGUUUUGCAAAACACAAGUGUAUCCUAUCCACACAGGAGGAGGAGGAGGGCUCCGAGGGAAAUGAGAAGAAGGCUGCCGAGUCCUCCGACGCUGGUCCGUCAGGGACAGUCUGGUACGAUGGACAUGUCCCUCCUAUGGCACUUUGGAUCGGCGGUAGAGAUGAGCUAGUGGAUGGCAGGCGCCUGUUAAGGAGGUUUGAACAGGGGCGAGAACCAUAUGUCAACCUUGUCCAUACCAAAGUGAUUGAAGACUACGAACAUCUCGAUGUCCUGUGGGCCAUUGACGCAGUUGAGCAAGUCGGCAAGGAAGUCAGGCAAGUUCUUUGGCAAACGAUGCCGGGAGAUGCGAGAAGCAUUUGUCGAAAGGUUACCGGUGUUGAUGAUCAUAUUUUGAAGGGCUGA